AUGAGGAACACACUUCUUCUGGCUGCUGGCUUGGCCGCCGUCCGUCACGCGUCCGCUGCCUACGACGCGACGAUAUGCGGCAAGGAGAACAAGUUCACCAGCGAAGAUACCCAGUUCAUUUUCCAGUCCAACGCCUGGAACCCCGUGGGUGAUGGCUCAUCGUGUGUCUCGGUCGACCAGUCGACGCCGGCCUUCGACGCCAACUGGAACUGGGAGGAGGACAAGAACAACGUCCACUCGUUCCCGCAUGUGCGCUUCAACUCGACUAAGCUGCCGACCCAGCUGAGCGCCAUCAAGACGAUGCGCCUCGCCGUCGAGUGGACUAUGCGCAAGGGGAACCCCGAGAGCGACCCGCCCCGCGACUUCUCGGCGAGCACGUGGUCGGAGAACAAGCAGGAGCUUGACGGCGUUGUGUCCAACGCCGCCUGGGAUUUCUUCGUCGACAAGAACAAGACAAGGACCUACAACCCCAUCGACUCCGAGGCGGAGAUCAUGAUCUGGCUGGGCAAGGUCGGGAACCCGUACCCGUUGAUGGGCGAUUCCAUCCUGACCAACAUCACCCUGGGCUCUACCGAGUUUUCCCUCUGGUACGACACCAACCAACGCCAGCAAAAGGUCUUUACCUGGGUCACGCGCGACGGUUCGGAUGUCACCCAGUUCGACGAGGACAUCAGCCCGCUCCUCAAGUACGUCCUGGACUCUGGCGAGAUCGACGAGGACUCGUGGCUCGGCCUGGUCGAGUUCGGCUCCGAGGCGUGGCACUCUCCCGAGAACAUCACGUUCAGCGCCGCCCACUUCAGCAUGGACCUGGACAACGGCGACAGCGGCUCCGGCAGCGGCUCCAGCGGCGGCGAUGACGAGAACGCGGCUGGAAAGUAUGGCCUUUCGUGGCUGGCUGUGUCACUGGUACUCAUGAACAUCUCCAUGUUCCUUCUGUAG